AUGUCUUUGCCGGGCCUUGGGUUAGACGAGCCCGAAGAGGUCCAGACGAUCGAGACAAGUCAGCAUGACUUGGCCAAAGAAAACGAAUGGCGCUUCGAGGUAGCCGUGGGAAAAUACGUUCAGGUUAAGCUCUUGAGCGGUGAUGCCGAACUUUUCGGGACCGAACUCGUCCCGGGCAACACAUACACAUUUACCGGGGUCAAGGCGGCAAUCUAUACGUGGAAUGGCUGCUCGUUCGAGGUCAGCGGAGAUGCUCUGCAGAGCGAAUACACGGCCGAAGAAACGCCCAUGAGCGAAUAUAUCAAUGUCCACUUCGCCUUAGAGACACUGCGCGAACGAGCCAAAGCCAGCGGGAACGGGCGCGAGGGACCUCGGGUUUUGAUUUUGGGCCCGGACAAUGCGGGCAAGACGACACUGGCCAAGAUCCUCACGGCGUAUUCGAAUCGGUCUGCGCGCUCGCCCGUCGUGGUCAAUCUGGAUGUCAAAGAGGGAGUCUUGAGUAUUCCGGGGACGUUGACGGCAACGGUGUUCAAGACCAUGAUGGAUGUCGAGGAAGGGUGGGGGACUGCGCCGAUGAGCGGGCCAAAUGGAGCGAUCCCCGUCAAACUACCGCUCGUCUACUUUUUCGGGAGCUCGCGACCAGAAGAAAAAGGAGGCGCGGUCUACAAGGCUCAAUUACGCCGACUCGCCCUUUCGGUGACUGGAAGACUGGCUCAGGACGCUGAAGCGAGGGAGAGUGGACUCAUUAUCGAUACUCCUGGUAGUCUCACGUCCGCUAAGGAGGGUCACGAGAUCAUUCAAGACAUCGUCUCGGAACUCGCAGUAUCGGCCAUCAUAUGUCUGGGAUCCGAGAGGCUGUAUAGUGAUAUGGUCAAACGGUUCGACGGGCAGCCUAUAGUGUCUCGGUCAAGCGGCAGCUCCAUCAACAAUGGCGGUGCUCCCCCGGAGACGAUAUCGGUAAUCAAGCUUCCCAAAUCCGGCGGUUGUGUUGAUCGUGACGAGGCAUAUAUGCAAGCGUUUCGAGCGGCGCAGAUCAAAGCAUAUUUUUAUGGCAAUCCACGACUCAGCAGCGGCAUCUCGCUCCAGCCCCGUCAGCAGCAAGUGGACUUUUCGACGCUCAGUGUCUGGCGGCGAGUCAGCAGUACACCCGACCCAACAUCGUCAUCAUCCGCUUUCAACGACGAAGACGACGAAACCUUUUUGCCAGGAGGCAUCAACGACGAUACCUCUACAUCUCCCGGUGGGGGUGGUGGUGCUUCGUCCAAAGUGCCACUUCCGGCAUCGCAAAUCUACGAACGUGUGUCUGCGCCCUUUGCGGCCAUGCGCAACGCGAUUUUGGCCGUGAUGAACUGCGAGGCCGAAGCCGAGCAGGACGUGAUUCGAGACAGCAGCGUCAUGGGGUUUUUGUACGUGACAGACACCGAUGAGGCCAGAGGCCGCAUCAGUCUGCUCAGUCCUGUUGCUGGGCGAGUGCCUAGUCGAGCCAUUGUUUGGGCAGGGUGGCCGGAGCCGGUGCUUGGUAUGGACAGGUCUUGA